CCUUCCUUUCCAUGUUUUGUUUGUUUAAGUUCUUCAUUAAGAGAAGAGUGCACCUACUAUCUUUGUAUUUGAGCUCAGGCACUUAUGCAUAUCAUGUCACGUCUUUGAUGCAGUUUGGUUUGAUAUAGCAAAUUUGGACAAGGGGACAUGAUGGAAUUGACUUCUUCUAUUGGUUCAAGCAAACAACUCCUAUGGCUGGCAUCUAUCUUCUCGGGCAUCAUCUCAUGUCUUCUUGUUCAUACAUCAACUGCUAUUUUGAGUUCUCUGCUGUUCAAGGUAUAUGGCAAAUUGAGCAGUGCGGAGAAAAUUGAAUGGAAUAACCGGGGAUUCUCUACAUUUCACGCCCUUUUUGUAUCAUCUGCAUCUUUCUACCUCCUGAUCUUAUCAGAUAUCUUCGAUGAGGAUUCAAAUGACGAUCUAGUUAUUAAUAGAUCAUCAACUUUAUCAAAUACAGUAUUGGGGGUUUCUGUUGGUUAUUUUCUAACUGAUCUGGCGAUGAUUCUUUGGCAUUUUCCAGCUUUAGGGGGUUUGGAAUAUGUUCUACACCACGGGCUAUCCAUGUUUUCUAUAGUACUGUCUCUGCUAAGUGGUCAAGUUCAGAUUUACGUACUAAUGGUUCUUUUCUCCGAGAGCACUACUCCUUUUGUAAAUCUAAGAUGGUACUUGGAUAUUGCUGGUCUUAAGAACACCAAACUUUACAUUGGGAAUGGUAUUGCAUUGUUCUUCGGAUGGUUGGUUGCAAGGAUUUUCCUGUUCAUGUUCCUUUUUUUCCACGCGUGGACCCAUUUUGAUGAGGUGAAGGGGAUCUUUCCUUUGGGUUUUUACAGCUUGCUUGUGGUGCCUCCUGUGUUGGCAAUAAUGAACAUAUUUUGGUUCUGGAAGAUCGCCAAGGGUUUGGUCAAAACUCUUACAAAAGCAAAACACAGCAAGUGAACCUCGUGUAUAUGUGCUGCUCUAUUCUAUGCACGCAUUACGCAUAGAAUAGUAUCUUGACUUAUAAGAUUCAAACAUGUGACAUAUUUGUCUAUCCAGACGUUAUGUGCUUGUUCACUUAUACAUUAUAUUUAGAUAGCAUACAUCACGUUAUGCGUAUGAUAAAUAAAUUAUAAAUUCGAACAUGAAAGAUGAGA